CAAUUCCUUUGUUCUCAUCAUCUAAUAGGAUGUAGGGGACGUUGGGCCUUUUAAUGUAUGAUGUGCUGAGGCCUGACGGAGAGCCCUGAAAUGCACCUGAUAAGAUGCAUAUUGUUCUGAGCACUUUUCCAGCUGAUUUGCACCCACUGGCUCAACACAAAUCAUGGCUGGGGUCACUGUAUAUAGAUCAUCAUUUCUUUCCUCGGCCGCCAUUCGGUGCCGUUGAAUCUUACGACUCUUGAACCUUGGACACCAGGAUCGAGCAACAACCUUUCAAUUUCCGAAAAGACAAAGUCAACACCACAACCCCAGAAGACAACUCCAUUACCUUGUAUGCAUUCUUGCUCUCGGUAAACUUGCUGAAGACCAAUUCAAUUUCCAAGAUAAUGGACGAUCUCCGAGACGGAACCCUUGCGAUGUCAAUACCUUCUUCUACCCGGUUACAGCAAUGGCAAAGCUUUGCUGAAACUCACCUUGUCGCACUGACUUGCGCCUUGAUGUUUGCAUCAGCUUUCGCCCUGCCUUCCUUUUCGUCGGCAGCACUUGGGCUAAAAGGACUUUAUGAAUUCACAUUGGGACUAUUCAUGUUCUCAGCUGUCUCAUUUGGCGUGAUUUAUCGAUGCGAGAUCAAAGAGUAUAAACUCGUUCAAUUCCAUUCCAAAGAACGAGGACUAACACUAUCCAGACAUAUCGCGCCGGGACUCGCAGUGUGUAUGCCUUUUGCCUUCACAGCCCUUUUGACCGUACGGCCCUCCCUGAAGGAUUUUGCUCCAUAUAUGCCAAUUUCUGCAGCUAUGGGAAUUAUGAUCAUUGUUUACAUCGUCCCAUGGGCGAGGAAGAGCUUUCAUGCUCGAAAUACUGUACAGGAUGUCAGACUUGGAGAAUUCAUGAGAGCUGAGCACAGCAUCAGAUAUUCUGGAUCCGAUGGAGCAUCCAUGGGCUCGGAUUCAACCCGCUCCAGUGGAGUUCACCUGUGGAUUUUGAACCGUUUCAUGGGAUCUGAGGUAGACCCCCUAGUUUUUGCACACCUUGGUCACGCAGGACACUACGACACAUCCACAAUACCACCACUUUGGGAGACGAUCAGCACCGGUGAUCUCGAAUUAGGACUACAUCCUGGCUCCAGCCGAACCAGCACAACCUCCGAAGAUUCCACAGAUCCGUUACUGCUUUGACACGGCAGAGAGAGGCUCAUUACUGCUAUCAUUACCACUAUCCCUUGUCCUAGGUCUACUUGGCUAUGGUAUUCUCCCUGUUUCAACAAAUCUGCUUGAACUAAGGCAGCACGACAUCCUUUUCCAGUUGGAUGUGACAUACGUUUAUCAUGUCUCCGAGGCUUGAUUAUUUAUACCGAUAGGACAUUGAAAAUGGCUGGAGGUUCACAGAGGACUCCAAUGUCUUGAAAUAACAUCUAUUCACAUCUGCGAGUGAAAAGUUGGUAAGAGGCAAUCGAAAAGAACACGUUUCCAGACAGUCCAUAAGGAUCAUUUUAAUUUGGAACCGUCAUCACUCCCACUUGAGAGGGUUCCAUGGUCCCUUGAUUUCCAGAGUUCCAAUCCAAGGCAUAGACACAAGAGUUCCGAAGGAUUGCUCCCCAGACGCCCCAGACGCCCCAGAC